UCUGUUCUGUCCUGCUGCCAUGGCAGAGUCUCGGAGAGUUCAGCUGACCACUUUGAGCUACGAUGCGUCCCACUUCACUGACGGACCGGCUUCUGUCCAAAAGAAGCUGUCCUCGGGGACAGGUGUCCCGCAGGGGACAGAGGACCGUUCGGAGCGGACAGUGCGACUCGUCCUCACCUUGUCUGAGCCAGACGAGCGGAGCUGUCCGGAGUUCAGCUACUGUCAGCUUCUUGACAACAAGAUGAAGAAAACACUGAGCAGAUCUGGACCACAGGAAGAAGAUGCUGCCAUUGCAAGAAAGUUGGAGGAAAAAUAUGGUGGCAAGCAAAAGAAGGACCGUAUUCAGGACUUGGUUGAUAUUGGAUACGGUUAUGAUGAAGAGGAUUCUUUCAUUGAUAACUCAGAAGCUUAUGAUGAGUUUGUGCCGUCUUCGAUCACAACAAAAUUUGGUGGAUUCUACGUGAAUUCAGGUGUGCUGCAGUUCCGUCAGGCCUCCGACACUGAUGACUUCUCAACGGAAGAGGGAACAUCUGAGCCUACAAUGAAGCUGCAAGUCGUCGGUGAAAAUCAGAAGCUAAAGGCGUCUUGUAAAGCAAGAGGAAAAGUGAAGAGCGCUAAUCAAAAGUUGAGCACUUUAUAUAAAACUGGACUCAAUGAGAUUACUAUCAAAAAGAAGAAAAAGGCUGUAAAGACACUGAGUGUCACCAGCAUGCUGAAGAAGUUUCAGAAAGAGAAGGAAAGGGAACGGCAGAAGAUGGAGAUAGCCAAUCGGAUGGCAGUAGACGCAAAUGCAACCACAGCACCCGUGUUCCCUGCAGAGGCAGCUGCAGCUGGAGGCUCCGGUCUAACUGACCCUCUUCUCAGUUUAAUCGGCUCCACCAACGAUCACGCUCUAAUCCAGGCUGCCAACACUGUGGAUUUUGAUAUUGAUUUGGACUCUUUAUUAGACGUCAGUGACAAUUUGUCUCCAAAACCACACCCUCAAAUGGCUAUAGAGACUCCGCUUACCCAAACCAGGGCGGAUAAGUCCCAGCUGAAUAUUUUGUCUGAUGCUAAACCCAAAGUUUUAAAUCAAAAACUCGCGUUUCUGCCAAAGAUGGAACCGGAGCAAAUCCAGCUGCUGGCUGAACCCAGUUCGUUGCCACCUCAGUGCGCCCUCCUGCCCGAGGGACUUCCCUCAGCUCUGGAAGACAGCAUAAGAAGUCUCAUGGUGGCUGCCAAGACAUCUGAAGGGGAGUCGAAACUCAAGUUCUUUAAUCCAGUUAUCAACUCAAUCCUGCUGGAUAUUGAGUUGCAGUGUCAGGAGCAAAGCGGCCAGCUCCGCUCCAAAGUCUACAGACACCUGUCCUCGUUCAUGCCUUGCAGCAAAGACACGCUUUUAAAACGAGUGAAGAAGCUGUUGGUCAUGCAUGAGGAGCCGCUUCAUUUAGAAGGUUCCCUUCAGGAACUGAAGGAGGCAAUUGACAGAUCGAUGCCGGAGCAGGUGGCACGCUUUCUUGAAAACUGUCAAGCACAUGAACACCUCAAGACUUCAAAGUCAACUGAAGAGGAAACUGCCGAGGACAAAGGUGUUAGAAGAGGAGGUCCGAAGAAGUUGUUUAAAUGGAAUCAGGAAAUUAGGGAAUGCCUGGAUCGUGUACUGAAGGAGAAAAUGGAGAAAUGUAAAAAGGAUGGCAAAAAGCACCAAGACAUUGAAGAGUGUGUUAAAACUCUGUUAGACAAUGAGGUGAAACCACUUUGGCCAAAAGGAUGGAUGCAGUUAAGGGUGCUGAUGAGGGAGAGCAGGAAGUUGUUAGACCUUUUUACCACAUUACCGGUAAAUAAGGCCAUGAGCUUGAAGAGGCAGUCAUCCACUGUUGAUGCUUCCACAUCAUCAGACGGUGGCAACAAUCUUCAGCGCGCUCCAGCACUGACUGAAGUCUCCACAGGACCAGAUGAGAUCCUCGCUGAAGCUUCACACCUCUCCAGUGGUGUUGAUCAGCAGCCACAGUUGAAAAUGGAGUCCGAUGCCUUUUCCUCGUCAGCUGACAACAGUGACAGACUUUCGGUGAAUGCUCCUGCACAUUCACUCCUGGAUAUCCUUGCUGAGCAAGCCCUGGCUCACGAGUACUCUGCCACACUUUCCCAAGAACUUUUAGCAGCAGCUGUAGGAAAGCAUUGGAACUUCAGUGAGGACAGAAGUCCUGUUCCUCCUCCACCUCCUCAGUCCAGCCCUGUCGAUUUCCCUGAAAGUAGCAUUUGUCCAGUUGUUUUGCCUCAUCUGCUGCAAGUCAGAGCAGUGAGACGUGGAUGCUGGCCAGGUGUGGAGGAGCGCUGAUGACCUUGCUGUACACACAUGCACAGAAAAUACAACAGAAGUCGCCUUUUGGGUACAUUUACUGUGUUGA